AUGGCUGCGAGAACCCUACGGAUAGGCCUGAUACCAGGCGACGGUAUCGGCCGAGAAGUCAUACCAGCAGGACGACGUAUCCUCGAAGCCCUACCUCCUUCGCUUGGUCUGAAGUUCUCCUUCGUGGAUCUCGAUGCAGGUUUCGAGACAUUCAAGAACACUGGCGUCGCUCUGCCGGAUAAGACGGUGGAUACUCUGAAGAACGAGUGCGAUGGGGCGCUUUUCGGUGCUGUGAGCUCGCCUUCGACGCCUACCAAGGGCUACAGCAGUCCUAUUGUGGCGCUGCGCAAGCGGCUUGACCUCUACGCCAAUGUACGACCUGUGAAGUCCGUCGCGCCUACGGCUGCCUUCCCAGACCCGAUAGAUCUAGUCAUUGUUCGCGAGAAUACCGAAGAUCUAUACGUCAAGGAGGAGAAGACAUACGACGGUCCCAAUGGGAAGGUCGCGGAAGCGAUCAAGCGCAUCUCUGAGCGCGCGUCUUCAAGAAUAGCCACAAUGGCAGGCGAGAUCGCACUACGAAGACGGCGUGUAAGGAAUUCUACGGAUGGCGUGUCAGGAAAGCAGGCGAUGGUCACCAUCACGCACAAGAGCAACGUACUGUCGCAGACCGAUGGACUCUUUCGUCAAACAGCCCGGACAGCACUGGAGCAAUCUCGAUUCAGCGACGCCGGCAUCAAGAUCGAGGAGCAGAUUGUUGAUUCCAUGGUGUACAAAAUGUUUCGUCAGCCUGCCGACUACGAUGUUAUCGUAGCCCCAAACCUCUACGGUGACAUCCUGUCAGAUGGUGCAGCAGCACUCGUCGGCUCCCUCGGCCUCGUUCCCUCGGCGAACGUAGGCGAUGGCUUUGCGAUUGGAGAGCCUUGCCAUGGGUCCGCGCCAGACAUUCAGGGUCAGAACAUCGCCAACCCGAUCGCUACGCUAAGAAGUGUGGGUCUCAUGCUGGAGUUCUUGGGGCAGGAGGAAGCUGCGGCGAAGAUCUACCAGGCGGUUGAUGAGAAUCUGUCGGAAGGGAAGUACCUCAGUCCGGACAUGGGCGGCAAAGCGAAGACAACCGAGGUGUUGGAAGAUGUGAUCAAGCGGUUCUAG